GAUGGGCAGGAGGGUUCUCACGCCCGUGCCUCGGGGGAGUGGCACUUCUGGUUUAUUUAUUUUCGGUUGUGGUUCAGGUGUUUUGCUUUUUUCUGUGAGAGAUGAUGAUGUGUCAGCCCUUCCCAAAGCUUCGUUUGAUGCAAAGCUGGCAGAUGAGUUCCUCAAUGGAAAAGGUGUUAAAAACUGCCCACGGCACUAUGGAAGCACUCAGACAAAAUAGUCAGCUACUGACACCCUUGAAGAAUUGUUGGGCAAAGUGACGGAAAUGAAGAGCUUCAACCAUCGCUUCAGUAUGGCAGCAGCUGAAUCUGACAAAGACUCUGGAUAUUCAGAUGGAAGUUCAGAGUGUCCAAGUGCUAUGGAGCAGACAGACUCCGAGGAUGUGCUGAAUGCGCUGUGUUGGAAUGCAGAGGAUGGACCUUGGCAAUGCCCGAGGACCACAAGCAGCUCCUUUCCUGCGCUGUCUCCUAUGGUUGUUAUGAAAAAUGUGUUGGUUAAACAGGGGAGUUCAUCACAGCUCCAGUCUUGGACUGUGCAGCCAUCCUUUGAAGUGAUUCCAGCUCAGCCACAGCUAGUGUUUCUUCGUCCAUCAAUCCCACCUCCCAUUAAUCAUCACCCUGUUGGGAAAAAGAGAAAUGACUCCACUAAUUACCUGCCCAUCCUGAAUUCUUUUCCCAAAAUAGCACCACAUCCCUGCAAAAGAGAUCAUUCCUUUGAUCUAGAAGAAUGUCAGGAAACCACUUGCCAUAAACGACUCUGCACAGAAGCACCCAAGAUGGAGACUUCUCCUGUACUGAUGAGUACAGGCUUGCCUACUAGUCCUUUUUCCCACCUACCAGUUAGCUUUAAGACCCCUCAGGAUUCUAACCAGCAAAGUUCUUCAGCUCUAGUGACAAGUGGAAAACUGUCAGCUCUUCCUGGUGUUCAUCAUGUUUCCAGUGAUGCUCAGAAAGUGCCAGGUUUGACUCCCCUUUUGCCUUUUGGAACUCUGCAGGCAACAAAGUGCACCCUUCAUGAGAGCGAGAGUGCAUCACAGACUACAAUGCCUUCUGGAGUGUGGAGCCCUCCAUUGAUACCAGAAGAGAUUUGCACUGCCCCUGAGCUGCUCUUGCAACAGCAAAGCAAGUGCAGACGCUUUCAGAAUACACUUGUUGUGCUACGCAGGUCGGGAUUGCUGGAGAUCACUUUAAAAACCAAGGAGCUUAUUCAUCAGAACCAGGUGACGCAGGCUGAGCUGGACCGGUUGAAGCACCAAACACAGCUUUUUAUAGAGGCAAUAAAGAACAAUGCUCCACAGUCAUGGGCAGAGCUAGAAGCAUCUCUAACAGGAUCUGAUAAAGCUGAUAGCAACCUUGAAGACCCCACUUAUCCCAACAUGUAGUAAAAAUGUGCAUAGGUGUUGGUCAAGUUAUUUCUGUGCCUCCUUUUUCCUGUCUUAAACUUCUAUUUUGAGCAUUUUUUGAGUCCAAGAUUUGCAAAGUUGCAUUGCCAUUAAUGGUUUGUCUUCAGAGCCAACUGUGGGGCUGGAAUAGCAUGGUAGGUUCUAGACAGAAUGGGUACUUAGUAAUGCAGUGUGACCUUGAAUUUUGUGCUAACUCUAUGUAAUUCCUUGGACUGAAGAACUUUGUAUGUGCUCUUCUGGUCUGUUCCCAUUCUUGAAAUGAAGGUAGUAAUUUGCAGCAUUCUGCAAGCAUUCCCAUCUUCAGAUGGUUGUUUCUGAGAGGGCAGCAGCAGAACAGGUGCCACUGUUGGGCCAUCACCAGUUUCAGGUAGAUGAAGGGAGUUGGUGUGUGGUGAAGUCCUUCUCCCAUGCCGUUCCUUCUUUUUUUAUGUAGAGUAAUCUGAUGAAUGUAGUGAGGGUGGGAGGUGUGUCAGCUUGGAUAAACUUGCUAAAAAUUUUAUCUACCUAAGUUUGAACUUCAAAAAACAAACUCUAAAACAUUUCUUUUUCUUCAUACAGACUGACACCAUUCCUAGGCUGCUUGCCUUGAGAUACUGCUAACACCACAGUAUGCAUAAGAUACUGACCUUGCUAGUGGAGAGCCACAGUAGUUAUGUUACAAAAACUGAUUUACAGACAUUUAUUUCAUUGCAGUUUUCUAGACACUUAACUGCAUCACUCCCUGCAAUCUGAAGGGAAUUUUUCCAGAGGCAGUUUGUGUAGAAAAUUGAGAGCAGCUUUGUCUAAGAACAUUAAGGAAUCUGAAUCGUCUGUGAUAUGUUCCUUUCUGUGUGACAAUGUUUUCAAAAACUCAUGCAGUCUAGGUGACUAGGUAUUUGAUUCUUUCUAUCAUCUGUUUCAUAUUGUAAAAAAAAAAAGAAACUUGAAAGUAGACUGGAUGUCUUGCUAAUUUGUGACGAGACAGUCACGCAGACUUUACAUUUUCUGAUGCCUCUAGGAAUCAGUAUUGCAGAAGACUGUAGAGAAUACUUUUACAGUCCUUCCUGAAAUAGGUGGAUUAGAGAAAUUGUAAGGGACUUCUCUCUUGUAAGGGAUUUCACCCUUUUUACAUUGGUGAAAAGAUGCUUUACAUGUCUUACAAAGUUGAGGCAUGUGAGUCUUGUUUGUAAAACCAUGGGCCUGGAAAGAAACAUUGUGGCAGGGUUUGCUCUAGUGGACCUGUAACAAACUAGUAGCCAUGCCUUUCAUGGGAUCCUGCCUACCUGCUGAAGACUGGUACAGUAUGUGGGAAUUGUUUAGAAGUGUUGGUAGACUCUGUUCUGGCAUUUAGUUGUUUUAAUAUACCUGAUAUAGUUGUGAUACUACCAUGUCUCAUAACUCACAGCCUGGCGAUAUUGGAACUCAGCCAGCAAACUCAGGAGGAUAUUUUCCCUACUUUUCCUAAAGUUCUUAUUCUGCCUAUUAAAUAGGAGAAUUUGAAGUUCAGAAUAUGUAUUUUUAGGAUGGAAUUGUCCUAGAAAACAAGAUGAUGGGCUCAGGGUACCUAGAGAUGAAAGGGAGGCAGAAAAAAUGAAGUCAAAUUGUAGCUGUUUGAGACAAGGAAAAAUGAGUCUCCCAGUGACCUUCUCCAUUCUAUUUCCACUGCUCUAAUAGAGCAUAAAGAAAUGAAAAACUUGUUUUGCAGGGCAGUACCCUCUGACUGAAGGAGGCUUAGCUGGUGGAAAUCUCUCGUAGUCCUUAUAGUACCACAUGUACUUUUUCCCUGACAGUAUGGAGGGUGGGCUGAAGUGGGUGUGCUUACAGCUAAUGGGCCUUUCAGCUGGUGUAAUUUGUAUAAAUACAUGUUCAAUAAAUCUGUGAAUAAAGUCCA